CUAGUUGGGAAAUUGCUUUUGCGGGUUAACCCACGACCCAACCGCACUCAUUCGUCACCCACCCAACCAGACUCGCGAAAAAAUGUGGGUGAAUUGCGGGUCACAAUUAUUCCAACUCUCUAGUAAGCAGGUGGGUCAAUUUGAAACGAAAAACCACCCAACUCGCCCAUUGCCCACCCCUAGUAUUACCCCUCCUCCGCCACUCCCAACUCCCUCUCCUCCAUCGGUCACUCUACUAUACUAACUGUACCCACCAUCGUCCCUCCUCCGCCACCUCAGUCCACCAUCUCCCUCUUGCCAAAAUCCCCGCAAAAUCCACAUGAUCUCCCCGGAGGAAGCCACACCAAUGGCGACGAUGGCGAGCGGGGCGGGGAGCUGCUACGACCAACUGGGAUUGGGGAUGGCAAUGAUGGCGAGCAGGGUGAGGAGCUGCUACGGACGGGAGAUGACGACGACACCGCCGACGGGAGGGCCGACUGGAAGCGAUCUGACGGCAACGGCGCAGUCGGGAGCGCCUACUAGGAAGCGACGACGAUGUCGUCGUUGUUCUCUCUGUUGGCCAAGAAGACGGAAGGAGAUUAAUUGAAUUAGGUCGCUAGGAUUUUCUUUGCAGCCCAACAAUUUGCGUUUUUGUUUUUUUUAUUAAAUCAUAACGGUCGGAAGUGGUGAAAACCGAGCGACCGGCUCAACUGGUUAACCGCUCUGACCAGCAUCCAGCCGCUUCAAAAGGCCGUUCCGACUAAAUGGCUGAUCCGAGCCAUUUUUGUGGUCGGGUGGCAAUUUUAUCGGUCCGACCGACCGAUCGGUUUGGUUUGGCCAUAAUAACACCGCCGAUAUGAUAUUUGGAUUGUCUCAUAACAAUACUGAACAUAAUUCACAGCAAUGACUUAUGCUGGUUAGGCGGUGUCUAGAUCCGUGUCUUUGUCGGAACGAGGAAGGACUUAUUCUCACUUGGGACAGGGUUUGGUGAGUUGGAUUCAUAAAUGGAUGGAAUUGAGUUUCGUUGGGUAUAUAGUCAAACAGAAAGAAAACAAAGGAGGUCCUCCAAAAAUAUAUUACAGAUGUAUGAGCCAAUUGAUGAUUUGAUCUGUCUGCUAAAGCCGUUAGCGGUAUCAAAUUUACGAGGGGAUUAAUAAAAAGCCAGACACACAAAUUAAGAAACAGUUCAACAUUAAUUAUUAGGGGGACUCAUUCUACAAGCAACGGAAAAACGGAUAAAUGUUAAAGUGGAUCACCGGGUGGAUUAGGGAUUUCCACAUGUGGGGUUUGGGCCCAAAACCUACGUCGAAAAAGUCUAGGUUUUGUUUUGUUUUGGUUUGUUAUAUGUGGUUGGUUUUCACCAUAAUGUCUUGUUUGUUUACCUUAAUAGUUAAUACCCACAACACAAGCCACAAAGCACAAAACGCCUGCGACCAAAACUAACAAAAACAAGAGGAGAGAGAACACACGGAAGCAAUAAGCAAGAUAUUACAACGAGGCUGUAGGGGACGCCGAAUGGCAAACCCAGGUAUUUAUGAUAAUCGAGAUGAGAGGAUUUAUAAAGACAUAAACAAGAAUCGAAAUAGAACGAGAUCUACGUGUUUUUCUUGUUCGAUCAGAUCGAACAAAGGAUUAGUCCAUGUGAAAAAGAGGUUUUAUAUGUCAUUUUUAUUGCAUGCACUUCAUGAGAUCUUGCUCGGUGUUGAUGGCACCGUUGACUUCUGCAAUGUGAGGUUCUCCUAAUGUGUUAUCAUACAUUUAUCUUUGGAACUCAACGUCCUCGUUGAGGUCUAUACAACGAUCGUUCAAGAUAGACGCGCAGAGGAUGUGAUACCAUUUGUAACAUCUCGAAUCCUUUUCCCGACAAGAUAUUAUCCGCUUUGUGUGUCUAGCUAGACUCUCACGAUUUUGGCCUUGGAUUGUAUAUCAAUGUGACUUCCCAUAAGGUCACCCAUCUUUAUAGUGUUUUGCAAUGAGCAUGUUUAAUUUCUGAGUUCUUGCAAAAACAGUUUCAUUUCACCCCAAACAUGUUAGUUGAGAAGGUAUAAUUAGUAACUUUAAUAUAUCACAAUAUCUAUAGAAUGAAUUAAUUAGUAGCUAGUCCUGAUCAUUUGACCCAGUCUAUGUCAAUUUCUCAAUAAAAUAUGUGGUUGAGAGAUACUUAUCAUAAAUGUUAUUAUAUUUAGCUGUGAUUGUUCAUUUGUUUGACCCAGUUUAUGAAAGGAUAUAGAUGUGCACUUAUCUUACCAACCGAUAAGAUAUUUUUAUAAUUUCGAGUGAUAUCAAAAGAGAAUAAGAGUCACACAUGCAAAUUUACCUAGGACUUCAUACAAUUAACGCUCUAAUAAAGCCAUCCAACAAAGUUGAAAGACUCUAACUCUAGAUGAGACAAAAGCAGUACUUUACGCGUCACCGGAUAAGUUAUUUAACAACCGCAUUUGAGUUAAGUACUUUACCCGUUGCCUCCGGUUGGAUCCUGUCACUGAAUUUGUUUUGGAGAAACUCGACCGAACCCAACCAGAUUCAGUAGCAAUUUCCAAUUCAAUCUACUAAUCCAAUCAAUCUACUUAAAUAUCACCAAGUAAUCAAAUCAAUUUAAAUCC